CGCUGCGACGCGGUGCUGUGCGGGCGGCGUGCGAGCGAGCGCGCUGGGCGGGCGUCCAGGAGGAAUGUCGCGCGUGUCUCGGCGCUGCUGCUGAACACCCGGAACCCCGGUCAGGAGAUGUGUCCGCGCUGGUGGCUCGUCGUGUGCGCGGCGCACUUGCUCGCCGCGCUGUGCCGAGCUCUCACGACUGAGCCACACUUUCUGGAGCCAAUACCUAACGUGACGGUGGCUUUGGGAAGAGAAGCUUACUUGUCUUGUGUCGUGGAUAACCUAGGAGACUACAAGGUGGCGUGGAUCCACAUCGACCGGCAGAUGAUCCUGACCAUCCACCGGCACGUGAUCGCGCGCGUGCCCCGCUUCAGCGUGUCGCACGACGACCAGAAGACGUGGCUGCUGCACGUGAGCGGCGUGCAGCGGGAGGACCGCGGGCUGUACAUGUGCCAGGUCAACACCAACCCCAUGAUCAGCCAGGUCGGCCACCUGCAGGUCGUCGUGCCGCCCGACAUCCUGGACGAGGAGAGCUCGCAGUCAGCGGUGGCGGUGCGCGAGAACCAGAACGUGACCUUGACGUGCAAGGCGACCGGCGCCCCGGCGCCCAGGCUCAUGUGGCGGCGCGAGGACGGACAGCCCAUCGGCGUCGACCGCCGGCGCAAAGUCGCCGUGAUGGACGGAGAGAGCCUGCACCUGACGAGGAUCAGCCGCGCCGAGAUGGGAGCCUACCUGUGCAUCGCGACCAAUGGCGUUCCUCCGUCCGUCAGCAAGCGAAUCAUCGUGGACGUGGAGUUCUCGCCGGCGGUGUGGGUGCCGAACCAGCUGGUGGGCGCGCCGGCCGGCACGGACGUGUCUGUGGACUGCCACACGGAGGCCUACCCGCGCGCCAUCAGCUACUGGGUGCGGGACGGCGUGAUGCUGCUGCCCUCGCGCAAGUACGCCGCCUUCACCACGGAGAGCGGCUACCGCGCGCACAUGAAGCUGGUGGUGCGGCAGCUGGGCGCGCGCGACUUCGGCACGUACCGCUGCGUCUGCAAGAACUCCCUGGGCGACACCGAGGGGUCCAUCCGCAUAUACGAAAUUCCAAUGCCUUCGUCUUCCCCUCGAGCUAACGAAGUUCGAAGCAGUUCUGGAACUCAAGAGAGCCCGGCGGAGCGCAACUCCUCCGGUGGCGCCGUAGUGGCGGACCACCGCGGCAGGGCCCCUCCCCCAUUCCCCUCCCCCACGGUGGCCAGCCUGGACAAGAUCGGUCAGCUGGGGGUCGUGAACGGGCCUCGCCUGGACUCCAGUGCCGGAGAAGGAUACCAUGCUGUCGUAAGAUGGGAAAUUUUGGCUAUCUUGGACUCUGCUAUGCUGUUAUUAAUAACGGGGCUUUGAAAAAUUCACGACUUAGAGGUGUUAACGUACGCAUCAGAUUACAAGAACCCGAGCGUAGAACGAUGUCUACAUAGAUGGUUCGUCGUUUGUCAAAAGCCCGAAUACAUACUAAUGAAUCAGUGUGAACUGGUGCUACUCUGAAGAGAAGUGGGUCACCGAGAGUGUUACAUCAGAAGUGAUAUUUAAUAAACUCACAUUCUGAAGGUAUUUGAAUACUUUAUAGUAUUGAUUUAGCAGACAACUAAAAAUGACAGUUGCAUUGAAGCAGUGUGGCGUGUGUACUUUGUGGAACUGAAGUUGUGAAAAUAUGAACCUCAGCAAAACCAAAAUUGUCUACUUCAGUUCACGCGUUCAGAACAAACUGAAAUGUUCAUACAAUAACAAACCAUAUUUCACAAACUAAAAAUAUUUCAUUUUUAUACAAUGAAUGUAUUAACUAAUCCUUUAUUGAUAAAUAAACUGUUAACUAAA